AUGUCACCGAGCGAGACGACACCACUUAUCAAAUCUACAUCCAUACCCUUAUCAUCAUCAUCAUCAAGGGUGUCCUCUACUCCACAUGAGCUGCAUUGGCUUUCUCGAAACAGCGUACCAGUUGCAGGAUUCUAUCUGCUCAACUUACUAAGUAAGCUGACAUACGUGUCAGCGUUUGGACACCUUGGACCAAAUGAACUGGCAGGCUCAGCACUUGGAACCAUGUUUACAACCAUCACAUCAUCCAGCGUUGCGCUAGGGACUCUUAAUGCACUCGACACGCUUUGUGGUCAAGCAUGGACUGGAUCCAAGGACAAGACGUUGGUUGGGCUCCAUUUGCAAAAAUCAAUUGUAGUCCUUGUAGCAUGGCAUGUAAUUUUGGCACCCUUAUGGCUCAAUGCAACUCGGCUAUUUGUGGCCAUUGGCCAAGAUCCUGAUGUGGCUCUCUUUGCAGGCAUUUAUUUACGAUAUGAUUUGUUUGGUGCACCAGCCUACUGUUGUUUUGAGGCAAUUCGCAAGUAUCUUCAAUCACAAGGCAUUAUGGGAGGUAGCACAGGGGUCCUAAUGUUGACGACGCCAUUGACGGUGAUCUUGACAUAUACGUUGGCGUUCAUGCUCAAUCUUGGAUUUGAUGGUGUUAUGCUGGCGAGCACCAUAACGAGCUGGUUGAUGUUGACCUUAUUGAUUGGAUACACGUAUCUCAAAUGCGAGCGGCAUCAUGAGACAUCUUAUUGGGGUGGCUGGAACAGCGCAUGCUUAAAUGACUGGAAACCGUAUCUAGGUUACGCUAUCCCUGGUAUUGUCAAUCUUGCAUCCGAAUGGUGGUGCUUUGAACUGGUAUCUUUAGGAGCGUCGUACUUGAGCACAAAACAUUUGGCAGCACAAUCGAUUCUCAUGUGCCUCGAUCAGCUGUGUGCUUCACUUGGAUGGGGCUUAUCAGCCGCUGUAGCUACACGUGUCAGCAACCGGAUUGGGAGUAUUUGCAUGAAUAAUAGCAAAGACAACGAAGAUGACGACAACAGCUCCAACAGCAUCAAGGCAACAUUACAUGCAGCAUGGAUGUUGGCGGUUGCCAUGGCAGUGGCGCUUGUCUUGGUAACGCUGUUGCCAUUGCUUGCCACUUUUGGACAACUUGUUGGGCUUGUGUUCACAAAUGAUCGCGAUAUUGUACACAUUGUGGCCCAAGUGAUGCCUUUGUUUGGGCUAUACUUGGCAGUUAAAUUUGUUGGACAAGCAUGUACAGGUAUUAUGCGCGGUAUGGGGAGACCUGAUAUUACCACGUACAUCAACAUCAACGCGUAUUACGUGAUUGGUUUCCCUGUUGCUUAUAUUCUCACAUUCAAGGCGGGCUGGGCUCUUGUUGGCUUGUGGAUUGGUCUAUGUUUGGCCAUGUUUUUAGCAGCUAGUGCACAUUUGGCCUACAUCUCCUCCAUCAAUUGGCGAUGGGUCACACAGUCCACUUACAACCGCAUUAAGUGCGAGCAAGACCGAUUGGUUCAUUCAAAUGCACGAUGA